AUAUUCUUGCUUUGAUGUUACGUUCGCAUAAAGCAAAAGCUCAUUCCCACCAUUUCCUUCUUUAUCUAAAACAACAAAAAGAGAAAAACUGACAAAGAAAAUAAUAAAAGCAGCCGUUAAUUUCCAUCCAUUCUAUUCAAGAAACUGAUGUUCCUUUCACUCAUUUCCCAAAAGCUUGAAUUUUCCGAUCUGGGUCGAUGGCAGAAUUGGACAAUAGCAGCACCAGCUCAUCAUCGGGAUCGACGCUCUUCAAUCGCUCCUUCACGAUGCACGCAAACACAGCUGAACCUGAUGCCCCCAAAGUUCAUCUUCUUCUCAACAACCCAUCGUCUCUUAAUCGAGCAGCUUCCAUUUCCAAAAUUUACAAUUCAAUCGAUUCAGUCAAAGGUAAAGUCAAAAAGCUUUGCAAUUUAUUCGAGUCCGCGAAAUCUUCAUUAACCAGUAAAGAACUUUCCCCUAAAGUUGUUUUAAGACCCACGAAAUCAAUCGGGUAUUCAUCUUCGUUUUCUUCGAGUUUUAAUAACCCAUCGAUAAGAUUACCCGGAACUGAAGAUCGGAUCGUUGUUUAUUUAACUAGUUUACGAGGGAUUAGAAGGACUUACGAAGAUUGUUAUGCUGUUCGGAUGAUAUUUAGAGGGUUUAGAGUUUGGGUUGAUGAAAGGGAUGUUUCCAUGGAUUCAGCUUAUAAGAAAGAGUUACAAAGCGUUUUGAGAAAGAAGAACCCGAGUUUGCCUCAGGUUUUUAUAAAGGGAAAGUAUGUUGGUGGUGCUGAUGUGAUUAAAAGCAUGUUUGAAGUUGGGGAAUUGGCUAAGAUUCUUGAGGAUUUUCCAAGGAUACAACAGCCUGGGCUUGUUUGUGAUUGUUGUGGGGAUGUCAGGUUUGUGCCUUGUGGGAAUUGUAAUGGGAGUCGAAAAGUGUUCGACGAAGACGAAGGGUUUCUUAAGAGAUGCUUGGAAUGCAAUGAAAACGGCUUGAUCCGGUGCCCCAAUUGCUGUUCUUAACACUUUGAUUGCUGCUGCCUGCAGGAUGUUAAGUAUUUAGCUGAUGAUCGUUUGUUGAUGACGAAAUUAGCAUCACCACGUAAUCGAAAUGCCGUAUUUGGAGAUCAUGCAUUUUUCGGCCACCAGGCAAAUCGGGAGAAGAUGGCCGGGCUCUGUAAGCUCAACCUUAUCGUGUCCUAUGGAGUAAGGGAGGUUGUUCCAUGCCAGAGCCAUACCAUAAUGCUGCGGUCGGGCGUUUGGGCAUUCGAUAGUGAAGGAGAUCUUUUGGUUCUCCUAUCCUAUAUGUUGCUGUAAAUAUUUAUUUAGUGCUAUCUUAAUGUAAUGCACUUGCGUCUGUUGCAAGUGACUGUGAGAAUAGACUAAAAUUUAUGCUUAUAGAGUUAUUGUUAGAAUUAAGUGACCCAAAUUCUUAUUUAAAUAAAAUACGAUGGAAAAUAAAAUAAAAGUAAAAUCCAUAUAGAA